CACCACCGCCUCACCGCCACACCAAGACCUACAAAAUCAGACUCUAAUCUGCUGCCUCCACCGUCUCCGGCUAGCGUUGUCCCUCGUAACUUUCCUUCCGUAUAUGCGUCUAAGCUCCGUCGUUGUCGUUGGUCGUAAGUCGAAGCGACCGCAACAUGUCUAGGGUAUGUGUGAAGAAUUUGCCCAAAUAUGUUGCCGAGGAUCGAUUGCGAGAGUACUUUUCGCAGAAAGGGGAAAUAACUGACGCCAAGCUUAUGCGUACCAAGGAUGGGAAUAGUCGGCAAUUUGCUUUUGUUGGAUUUCGUACGGAGCGUGAAGCAGAGGAAGCUAUCAAUUACUUCAACAAAUCUUACCUUGACACUUGCAGAAUCACUUGUGAGCUUGCUCGGAGUGUUGGAGAUCCAAAUAUUCCUCGUCCUUGGAGCCGACAUUCUUCAAAGAAUGAAGAGAAAAAGAUCAGUGAUGUUACUAAUGUGACUGGUGCAAGAAAUUCAAGCCUAACAGGUGCCAAAGGUGAGAGAAAGAAAAGUGCAAAAGGAGAUGACAUUGAUGACCCUCGGCUUCAAGAAUUUCUUCAGGUCAUGCAGCCGCGCACUAAGUCAAAACUGUGGGCAAAUGACGCACUGAUUAGUCCCUCAGUUGACCUAAAUAGCAAAGUUGAAGAAAAACAAACUCAAGAAAAGAAAGUGACAGAAAAGUCAGCUCGAGAAAAGAAAGUAACAGAAAAGUUAGCUCGAGAAAAGAAAGUAACAGAAAAGUCAGCUCAAGAAAAGGAAGGACCAGAAAAGUCAGCUCCAGUGUAUGUUGAGACAAAGGAAAAAAAUACUGAUGCCACGAAGAAAUCACAUAAUGUAGCCCAUGAUGAAGCCAUUUCAGAUAUGGAUUACUUCAAGACUAGGGUUAGGAAAGAGUGGUCCGAUUCAGAGAGUGGUGAGGAAAUUGGUGAUGGUGAGUAUGACGUAGACAGAGAUGAUGAUCUAGCCAAUUCAGAGGGUGCUAACAAUGUUCAUGAAGACAAGGACGACGACGACGACGACGACGACGAUGACGAUACCGAUUCUGAUUCCGAUUCCGAUGAUGAUGAUGAUGAUGAUGAUGAUGAUGAAGAUGGUGAUGAUGAUGUUUCUCAUAAGGCAAGCCUUAUGGACGAAGAUGGUCAGAAUGUAGAGCCAGGGCGAGAAGCUGCCAGAACAGCCAUUGAAGGCCCUAGUGAAGAUUCUGAUGGUGAGAAGAAUCUUGAACCUGGAAACCCAUCCUUAAAUUUCGAAGAUGAGAGAGAUGAAGUUCUUGAAAAUGAUAGGCUUUUUGUCCGGAAUCUGCCAUAUGCUGCAACUGAGGAUGAUCUGCAAGAACUCUUCAGUAAAUUUGGCAGUAUCUCUCAGGUCCAUGUUGUUGUUGAUAAGGAUACAAAGCGGUCCAAGGGAAUUGCCUACAUUCAAUAUGCGCUCCCAGAAUCUGCUUCAAGGGCAUUAGAAGAUUUGGACAAUUCAAUUUUCCAAGGCAGGCUAUUGCAUGUCAUGCCAGCAAAACAGAGAAACCCUUCGAACAAGGAAGAGAAUAAUGUUCCUGAUAGCCAUGCUUCAAAAACUCUCAAGCAACGGAGGGAGCAAGAAAGGAAGGCAUCAGAAGCUAAUGGAAAUACAAGAUCAUGGAAUAGUUUGUUUAUGCGCCCUGAUACGGUUGUUGAAAACAUAGCUAGGAAACUUGGUGUGAGUAAAAGUGAUUUACUUGAUCGGGAAGCUGAUGAUCUUGCUGUACGAAUCGCUUUGGGAGAAACUCGAGUGAUCACUGAGACUAAGAAAGCUCUUGCAAAUGCUGGUGUAAAUGUCACACGUUUAGAGGAAUUUGCUGCUGGGAACAAUGAGGGCAUGAAACGAAGCAACCAUGUUCUGCUAGUUAAGAACUUGCCUUAUGGUUCUUCUGAAAGUGAAUUGGCGAGCAUGUUUGGGAAAUUCGGGAGUUUGGACAAAAUUAUUCUUCCUCCAACCAAAACUUUGGCCCUGGUAGUUUUCCUUGAACCAGCUGAAGCCCGUGCUGCUUUUAAAGGUUUAGCAUACAAGCGCUACAAAGAUGCGCCAUUAUAUUUGGAAUGGGCUCCUGGUGAUAUUCUUAGUCAAAAUUCAGCCUCUGAGAGUGAUAACGUCAAUGCUGUUGUUGGUGAACGUGAUCCUAAGCUGGUGAUGUUAGAACAACAUGUGGAAGGCAUAUCAGACAUGGAUAUGGAUCCUGAUAGAGUUGAGUCUCGAUCUCUCUUUGUGAAGAACCUGAAUUUUAAGACAUCAGAUGAGAGUUUAAAGGAGCAUUUUAGGGAACACCUGAAGGAGGGGGAAAUUAUGAGUGUUAAGGUAAAGAAACAUUUGAAAAAUGGUAAGAAUGUUUCUAUGGGUUUUGGCUUUAUGGAAUUUGAUUGUGUGGAAACUGCAGCAAAUGUUUGCAGAGAUUUACAGGGUACUAUUUUGGAUGGACAUGCUCUUAACUUGCAACUCUGCCAUGCCAAGAAGGAUGAACAAGUAGUGAAAAGGGUCGACAAGGAUAAGAGUUUAACAAAAUUACUUGUGAAAAAUGUAGCUUUUGAGGCAACAGAAAAAGACCUGAGACAGUUGUUCAGCCCAUUUGGCCAGAUUAAGAGCUUAAGGCUGCCAACGAAGUUGGGGAAUCAUAGAGGGUUUGCAUUUGUGGAGUACAUUACAAAACAGGAGGCACAGAAUGCACUUCAAGCCCUCUCAAACACUCAUUUAUAUGGGCGGCAUCUGGUUUUGGAGAGAGCUAAGGAAGGUGAGAGCUUGGAAGAAUUACGGGCUCGAACAGCAGCUCAGUUUACUAACGAGCAAAACGGUUUCCAAAAUCCAACUAAGUUAUCCAGGAAGAGGAAGCAUAUGGCCUUGUUAGAUGAAGGAAAAAUGAAGUUUGAAAGGAUUGGUGAUUAACCUCAAAUCUUGUUGCCAUUUAAUAUAUUAAUUAAUUAGAUCAUGUCACAUUUUUGCUUGUAGGGGCUGCAAGUCCUACAAAAUGUAAAGCGAGUGAAUGCCUUGGCCCUUCGUUAAUUGGAUUGAUGGGAGGGGAUAGAUGAGUUAGAUUAACUCAUGUUAGUUUUUGGUUUCCUCUGCCACCUCUAUCUCUACAAGGAUGGUAACCCUCCCUAUUAAUGAGUUUGCUUCAAUGAAUCUUGAUUCUUGAUCAUACAUUUUCAUACUUAUUAUGGAAGGUCACGUACUCACCUAAUAAUAUUAUGCUUGUGUAUUA